UAAAGCUGAAGAUCCAGUCCCAGUGCUGAAAACACGACAGCGGAAACUCCAGAUCUCACAGAAGAAAUCUGUUCAAGGACUAAAGGAAGUAAGAGAUGAUUGAUGAUCAAGCCUUGGGAUUUAUUGCCAACUACAUUGGCAUUUUCAUUUUUGCAUUGGUUAUAGCAUAUCAUUUGGUUACAGCUGACCCAAAAUAUGAAGGCAGCUAGAUACCUUGAAUUUUGUGAUGUAAUAAGAGAGAUGGUUGGAGUUUGUAGACUGAUAUAUUAGAUCAGUUUAUAUAAACUUAAUAUUGAAGAAUAAAUUUUGAAUUUUUAUA